CGGAGCGAGCCAUGCGGGGUGCGAGGCGGCUGGCGGGUCUGCUGUGCCCCCUCUCCCUGCUCCUCACCGCGUCAUGGGGAGUCCGCUUCCACCCGGGACAAGAGACCUUAGUGAAGCAGCUCUCCUCCUAUGAGAUCAUCACACCUGUCCGAGUGAAUGAGUUUGGAGAGGUUUUCCCGCACACGCAUCACUUCAGAAGGAGGAAAAGGAGCUUGGAGGCACCGCUGGAGCCUGCUGCUUUCCGAACCCAUUACCAGCUCAGUGCAUACGGGCAGGUCUUCCAGCUCAACCUGAGUGCUGAUGCGGGCUUCGUUUCUGCUGAGUACACGGUGGUGCACGUCGGCGCCCCGCAGAAGCAGUCCUCCCCUGAUUUGCGCCACUGUUUCUACCGCGGUCAUGUCAAUGCCCAGGAGACGCACAUGGCUGUCUUCAGCAUCUGCGGUGGCUUGAUGGGCAUCUUUAAGGCACAUGAUGGUGAAUACAUUUUAGAACCUCUGAUGAAAGCGGAUGGAGGUGAACAUGAAGAUGAACAUAACAAACCACAUCUAAUAUACAGACAUGAAGAACUUAAAAAAAAGUACCAGAAAUCUCAUAAACCUUGUGAAGUUUCAGAUAAAGAGUUGAAGAAGAGCUCUUUAUUGCGUUCAACCUUCAGCAGUUUAAAUGAAGAGAGCAGUGUUUUACAGAAGUCUCUCGGUUUAAAGUAUGCUUUAAAUAACCUCUCUAUAGAGGAUGGUGGCAAUCCACAUUCCAGGAAAAAACGUUUUCUCUACAGUGGAAUUGUGUGCACCCGCAGCAAGUUUCUAGAUGACACCAAGAUCAGUGAUUCAAUUGAGCUGUUUGAGGGAAGGGGUACCACCCAAUGUGACCUUGACAGGCUUGAGGAUUGGGCCCAUGUGAACCUCAUGAAGAUCUACAAGGCCAAAUGCAACAACCAGGUUGCAGCAAUCUAUAAAGAUUCAAGUAUUGGAAAUCUUAUAAAUAUAGUUAUUGUCAAAUUAAUUGUAAUUCACAAUGAACAGGAAGGACCAGCUAUCACUUUUAAUGCAGCUACUACACUUCGUAAUUUUUGCUUAUGGCAGCAAUCACAAAACACUUUGGAUGACACUCACCCUUCUCAUCAUGAUACUGCUGUUCUCAUCACUAGGGAAGAUAUCUGCAGAGCUAGAGAGAAGUGUGAUACUCUUGGUUUAGCAGAGCUAGGUACAAUGUGUGAUCCACUACGCAGCUGUUCUGUAAGUGAAGAAAAUGGAUUGAGUGCUGCUUUCACUAUAGCACAUGAGCUUGGACAUGUAUUUAAUGUGCCUCAUGAUGACAGUUUUAAAUGUAAAGAAGCUGGAAUUAAACAUCAGUAUCACGUAAUGGCUCCAACUUUAAAUUAUCAUACAAGUCCAUGGACCUGGUCAAAAUGCAGUCAAAAAUAUAUCACUGAAUUUCUCGAUACUGGCUAUGGUGAAUGCCUCCUAGACAAACCUAGUGAAAGAAUAUAUGAUCUUUCCUCUCAGCUGCCUGGGUCAAUGUAUGAUGUCAACAAGCAGUGUGAACUUACGUUUGGUAUUGGGUCACAAGUGUGCCCAUAUCUGAAACAAUGCAAACGCUUAUGGUGCACAAGCACAGAAGGUGUUCACAAAGGUUGUCGUACUCAGCACAUGCCUUUGGCCGAUGGAACGAUUUGUGGUGUGGGAAUGCACUGCCGCCAUGGAAUUUGUGUGAGCAGAGAAAUGGAGAUGCGUCCUGUAGAUGGAGAAUGGGGGCCAUGGGGACCUUACAGCUCAUGUUCAAGAACUUGUGGAGGUGGAAUCAAGAGCACCACCAGGCUGUGUAAUCGACCAGAGCCAAGAAAUGGAGGAAAGUACUGUGUUGGUCGCAGGAUGAAAUUUCGGUCAUGUAAUACGGAUUCAUGUCCAAAAGGCAAAAAAGAUUUCCGGGAGCAACAGUGCUCUGAAUUUGAUGGCAGACACUUCAACAUCAAUGGUCUUACAUCUGCGGUUCGCUGGCUUCCAAAAUACAGUGGUAUUUCUAUGAAAGAUCGCUGUAAACUUUUUUGCCGAGUUUCUGGAACAACUUCCUACUAUCAGCUGAAGGACAGAGUUGCUGAUGGUACUCCCUGUGGAGCAGAAACCAAUGACCUUUGUGUUCAAGGCUUAUGCAGGCAAGCAGGCUGUGAUCACGUUUUGAAUUCCAAGGCAAGGAUAGACAAAUGUGGAAUCUGUGGUGGUGAUAAUUCUUCAUGUAAGACACUUGCAGGUACUUUCAACAGUGCUCGUUAUGGUUACAAUGUUGUAGUAAAUAUUCCCAAAGGAGCAACAAACAUUGAUAUUCGACAGUACAGCUACUCAGGGAAACCAGAAGACGACAACUACCUUGCUUUAUCUGAUAUUCAUGGAAAUUUUAUCUUGAAUGGAAAUUUUGUUGUAAGCAUGUCAAAAAAAGAAGUCAAUAUACAAGGAGCCAUUUUUGAGUACAGUGGGUCAAACAAUACGAUAGAACGAAUUAACAGCACUGAUAGAGUUGAAGAAGAGCUAACCUUACAGGUUUUGUGUGUAGGGAAUUUACACAACCCUGAUGUGCGUUAUUCAUUCAAUAUCCCGAUAGAAGACAGAAGUGAUUUAUUUACGUGGGAUCCUUAUGGACCCUGGCAAGACUGCAGCAGGAUGUGCCAAGGUAUUCGAAGAAGGAGAAUGACAUGUAUACGUAAAAGUGAUCAUGUAGUAGUGUCUGAUCAAAGAUGUGAACUUAUACCCACUGUACCAAGUGUCUUUGAGGAGUGUAAUACAGAGUGUGAAUUAAGGUGGCACAACGUUGGCAAAAGUGACUGCACAUCAAGGUGUGGUCCAGGUUAUCGGUCUAUUGAGACCCGCUGCAUGAAGUACUCUAGUUCAAAAGGACUCAGUGCUCCAGUGGAUGAUAGGCACUGUGCUGAUCAGCAGAGACCACCAGCCAGAGAGCCCUGCCACGGUGACUGUAUGUUAGCAAACUGGCACUACACAGAAUGGUCAGAGUGUUCCAGGAGCUGUGCAAGAGGUGUCAGAACCAGAGAAGCUUUUUGUAUGAAUAACUUGGGUCGUCGUCUUCCUGACAGAGAAUGCCAGGAACUUCCAAAAGUUGUAACACAGAGUUGCAAUGAAUUCUUAUGUCCAAGCUGGUCAGUUACUGACUGGAGUGAGUGUCCUGUGACAUGUGGCAAAGGAAUAAAGCGUCGUCAAGUCUGGUGCCAACUUCACGAUGAACAAAUGAGAGAUGACUUCUGUAAUCCAAAUGACAGACCAGAAGCAGUGACACCGUGUGAACUUCAUGAAUGUGCAUCUUGGCAAGUAGGGCCUUGGGGAUCAUGUUCUGCAACAUGUGGACGUGGAUACCAGAUGCGUGCAGUCAAAUGUGUUACUGGGACUUACCGUGUUAUUUUGAGUGAUGACAGGCAGUGCAAUGCUGCUACUCGUCCUAGAGAUAACCAAGAAUGUGAAUUGCCCUCUUGUCCAGAAAAUACAAAAUUAUGGACUACAUCACUUCCUCUAGUUCAUGGGGGGAAAGUGACCCAAUGGAGAUACGGAUCAUGGACACCAUGCUCUGCGACCUGUGGGAAGGGUAAUCGUGCUCGCUAUGUGAGUUGUAGAGAUGCUCAUGGAGGAAUAGCAGAUGAAUCUUUCUGUGCUCAUUUACCACGACCAGCUGAAACUGCAAGCUGCUUUAGCCCAUGUGGAGAGUGGCAAGCCGGAAAUUGGUCCCCUUGCACAGUUACGUGUGAUAAUGGAAUAGCAACAAGACAAGUUGUCUGUGUCAGCUAUAAUCAACAAAUCACCGAGAAUUACUGUGAUCCUGAAGGCCGACCAUCUAAGGAACAAGAAUGUAACAUGCCACCAUGUCCACGGGUUUAUCAUCAUAUACCAAAAAUGCAUGACCCUCCAAGCCAUUUUCCAGAAAUAGGUUACCUCCCAGUACAUCAUCCACAAGACAAUUUAAACCAGUGGAACCGUCCCUCUGAGGGAGGAUAUCAAUGGAGAACAGGACCCUGGGGAGCAUGCUCUAGUACUUGUGCAGGUGGAUUUCACCGUCGAGUCGUAGUAUGUCAAGAUAAGGAAGGAAGAAGUGCUAGUUAUUGUGAUGAGGCAACAAAACCUCCAGAGUCGAGACACUGUGAUUCUGGACCCUGCCCGCGGUGGAACUUUGGGAACUGGGGAGAAUGUACUCAGACUUGUGGAGAUGGAAUAAAAACAAGACUGGUGAUUUGUCAGCUUCCUACUGGCCAAAUGUUGGGUGAUCAAAACUGUGAAAUUCUAGACAAGCCACCUAAUAUGGCACAAUGUAAUGUGCAUUCUUGCCCUGGUGAUGUUUCAUGGCAUCGGGGACCGUGGAAAUCGUGUUCUGUUUCCUGUGGAAAAGGUUUGAAGUUUCGUGAUGUGCAUUGUUUUAAUAGCUUCCACUCUAAAAUAGAAGAAGAAAACUGCAAACAUUUGAAAAAACCACGAACACGUAAAAUAUGUAGAGCUGGAAGAUGUCCUGCUUGGAAAGCCAGCAAAUGGAAAGAGUGUUCUGUAUCCUGUGGAGUGGGGAUUCAGCAAAGGGACAUCUAUUGUCAGCUGACAGGCCUGGGGCAAGUGAGCGAAGCAAUGUGUAGCCAUGAGACCCGCCCUGCUAGCAAGAGGCAUUGCUGGCUGCCUGCCUGCAUGGCCUACCAGUGGUUGGCAGAUGAAUGGGAAGAUUGCUCAGCAUCAUUUAGAAAAAAGAAAAUAUACCGGAUCAUUAAGUGUGUGAAUGGAAACCAGGUCCAAGUGGAUGAAAGCUUCUGUGAUCCUGCCACAAAGCCUCCAUCAUCCAAAACCUGCAGAGUGGUUCCCUCUAAAUAUGUUGUGCUCACAGGAGACCUGUCACAGUGUUCAACCAGCUGUAGGUUUGGUUACCAGCAGAGGAUCACGUACUGUGUUGGAAUCGAUUCUGUUCAAAAUCAGCAUAUCCGUGGCCUUCAAACUGUAGCGUACCGAGAAUGCCCGGUAGAGCCAUCCCCAUACAUUUAUAAAUGUAAUAUCAAUGGAUGUUCACAAGCAGCUACCUGGAGAGUGGGGAAGUGGACCAAAUGCUCAGUAUCUUGUGGAGUGGGGAUAAAGGAGAGAACUGUAGAGUGUAUGGCUGAAAACAGCUUAUCCAGUGACUUGUGCCUGCCACAUUUAAAACCACAUGCCAGAAGGAUCUGCCAUGAGGAAGAAUGUGAAAUUCUUACCACCUGCAAAGAUAUGCAGAUUAAAAAAGGGAUUAGAAAGGAUGGUGAAUACCUACUUAACAUUAAGGGAAGGAUGAUAAAGAUCUAUUGCUCAGGCAUGCACUUGGAGAAUCCCAAAGAAUAUUUGACACUGGUAAAAGGUGAAGCAGACAACUUUUCUGAAGUAUAUGGAUUAAGGUUGCAGAAUCCAUAUGAAUGUCCUUUCAAUGGAAGCAGAAGGCAAGACUGUGCCUGUCGAAAUGAUUACCUUGCAGCUGGCUUCACGGUUUUUAGCAAGAUAAGAUUUGAUGUAGCUUCCAUGCAUAUUAAAACCACAGAUUUUCUUUUUGCUCGGACUAUACUUGGGAGAGCAGUACCAUUCGCUACAGCUGGAGAUUGCUACAGUGCUGCCAGAUGUCCACAGGGACAGUUCAGCAUUAAUUUAACUGGUACAGGUCUGAGACUAUCCAGUACAGUUAGGUGGAUUGCUCAGGGCAACUAUGCGACUGCUGACAUACACAAAUCCCAUGAUGGUAUUAAAAUAUAUGGAAGAUGUGGAGGAUUUUGUGGAAAAUGUGUUCCUAGCACAAUUACUGGUCUCCAGCUUCAAAUACAAUGAGCACUCUGAUGUACUAAGAGCAUCAAAGCAGGGACAUCUGCCAUUUAGGCACAAACUGUAGAUGCUAUGUAUAUAUAUUUUAAUUCUUUCAUCUCUGUAAUGCUCAUUACUGUAACACUAACUACUAAAAAUUCCUGUUUUCUUCAGGAUUUACUUGGGGUCGUGUUGUGUGUAUGUGGGCUAGCAAGUGCAUAAAUCACAGCCAUAAACCUUCAGGUUAAUGGGGGGCAUUAAUUCAAUAUACAGCAUAUAUUAGCAAUAAAUUGCACUGAAGUUACUACCAUGGGUAACACUUUAAAUUUUACCAUAAUUGUAAUUCUUUACCUGCAACUGAUCAGUGUGAUUCCUUAUGUGGUAUUCAGUAAAAUUUACACUCUACUGAUCUUCUUGGUCGGCUGUACUAGAAUAUAGAAAGGAAAGCUUUAUUGCUCUAUAGAGAAGAAAGGUAAUAAUUUCAAGUAUUUACAAUUUUGUGCAAACUUUUAGGGAUUAUCUGUCAAUAACUUACAGCAGAAAAGUACAUAACCAAAAUGCUUGAGAUAGUUUUAUAGAUCUAUGUGUUUCGCUGUCAGUAUAAGCAUUUUUCCCCAUCCCUUUCAUUAUAUUCUUCAUGGUGCUCAAAUCCUAGCAGUAAUCCUGAGAAGUGUGGUUUAGCCUCUGUAGUCUCUAUGGCACGUUUUAAACAUCUGGGCUUAGGUUUGUUGUGGGUACAGGAAAAGAAAAUAAGAAAACAAAUUGCUUUGAAAACUGAUUUUAAAUCCCUGCCUCUCAUCCAAGUAUACUGUAAAAGCAGUGUGUUCUGUUUACCGUACCAUCUUGUAUGUGGUUGUACAACUAUGUAUUUGCUUAAGCACUUUCCAUAUACACCUUACUCCUUUACCCUGGAAAAUAGCAUAUUAGUAAAGGCUGAAGUAUAUGUCCUUCAUAUUCCAAUUCAACAUAAUUUUCAAUAACCUUAGUCAAAAACCUUGACAGAGGCAACAUCAAGCCCCACAGUGGUUUUGGUGUCCAUCUUUGACUCAGUUUGAUUUUUCGAUGUUUGCAAAUACAGUUCUAACAUCUGCUAUUUAAAAUUAUUUCUUCGAGAAAAGUAAGUGUAUGAAAAAGUUACAAGGUUUAAAAAAUUAUUUCGCUCUUUGAUUUGUUGUUUUGUAUUACUUUACAGUCCAGAACUGUAGAAAUAUAUGCAUAUACAGAUAAUACAUUUCAGGGCCAACUCUCAGGUAUUCAGAAUAAAAUUUUCUACCUGCAUAAUAACAUAUAUUAUGUACCAGAUAACUAUACAUGCUUUUUCUGAAAAUAUGCAUUCUGUAUACCAAAUAUUUAUUUUGCAUGCUAGUAAAAUUAGUAGGUCAAAUGGCAGCUAUAUCAUAUUUUUACCCACAAAGAGUUAGUCAUGAAUUAGCAACAUGUAUUAAUUAAAAACAAUAUUGUACCACAGAAUUGUAUGCAGUUCCUGUUUUAGAUAACACAUGUAUGUAAUUAUUUUGUGAUCUCUGCAUCAGAAAUGUAUUUUUGCACUAUGUGCCUUGUAAUAGCUGUAAACAUUAAUAAGAAUA